AUGGCACAGCAGCAGUGGAGAACCGCGAGUGGAGCUCCUAGCGACUACCAGACGGCCAAGAUGCAGUCGAACGAGGGCUCGGUUUCAACCGACGGUUGCGAGGCGAGGGAAGGGCGCGGCCCGAGGCUUCGCUUCACACACGAUCAGUGCGAGAAAGAGCUUUUUUCGAGUGAAUACUUGAGGAGCAAUAAAGCCAGUGGUCACAAGAAUCUGCGGUGUUUCCCGCAUUGCUGUGGUGGUCAUAAUCCCAAGAGCUUUUGUGGCUCGGGGCUCGUGGUCGAGUGCUUGCUGCCGACAUGUCAAGUAGUGCUGGGCAGGUUUGAAGAACUGGCAAAGCAGCUGCCAGCUCACGCGAAAGCGCUUCCGUCGCCAACUGCAUCCACGGCUGUCGACACGAGUCUUGGCCGCAAUAACCUCGUGGUUGGUCGUGAGUAUCCUCGUCAAGAGCUCUUUGACGAUGUCAAGAUGCCAGACCAGCCUUUCGGUCGCUGGUUCCGAGGCACGGCAGUGCCAGGUGGCAGCACGUCGGGAGCAGAAAGCUCGUGCUUUCUCCUGAAUGGCAAUCGUCAGUCGUGGCACUAUGGGUGGCAGUCGUCGCGACUUAACUGCAAGAAUCUGCACGUUUUCAAAGUCUACAUUUUUGAUGCAAGUGCUAGCGGAAAUGACAACACGAUGACGUGCAUUGCUGCACUGGCAUCACCGGCGUUCAGGAUCUCGUCGAGCCGCAAGGCUAGAAAGACGUUCCGUGCACCCAUGAGCCAUGCGGCGGCGCUUGCUAACAGCGCUGUGCCAAGUUUGUCAAGUGGGUCGAUGGGAUUGCAACUGCCGCGACACGUGCUGUCUGCUUUAAGAAGUCCUGGAGUAGGUUUGCCGCCAGGGUCGCAAGGUGCGAGGAGUAUUGAUGAGUUCUUGGGAAGCGCAGCAGGCAGUAAUCACACUGCUGCGGUAAAUGCAGCUACUCUGUAUGUGGCAGCCCAGCAACAACAACGACCGCCGACGGGCUUUAUGACGAGGCAGCAGGACCCUGCUCGGCGUGAACGCAAGCGUUUAACUCGAUCGGCUUCACUCAAGACAGACUAUUUCUCGACCGUCUCUUUCCCUCCACCACAAGAGCAGCAGCAGCAAUUGCACCAGCACCAGCUGUAUCAACAAUCCCAGAGACUGUCGCUUUCUGCCACGCAUCCACUGCAUUUCGAGGGUCUUCGCGACAAUCGGGUAUCGAUGCCAUCGUUGCCAGGUGUAGGCGCUUUCCUGAACAACUCUGUGGGACCUCGCGCAGCAGAUGGUAAUCGAUCGGUCCAUACGCGGCGGUCAUCCCUAGCCGCUCUUCCAAUGCCUGCUUCCAAGCCGUUGAAUAUGCCGCGCCAACCCCCAAGACCAGUGCCUGUGCUUACCCCAAUUACAGGCAUGAUGCAGCUUCGAUUGGAGAAUCACUCGCUUUAUUCCAGGACUCCACUUGCAAGCUCCACUCCGUCAUCUACCCGUUCUGCGGUCCCUUCUUCUAGUACAAGGACUCCUGUUGGAAACACGUCGCGCCUUACGGCUGCAGCUCUGCACCAGCAUGCGUAUGCUUCUGCCAGGCCAUAUCCAUAUGCGCGGCGUGAUACUUGGUCAAGUAGUUUGCAAACUAUGAUUCCCGAAGGAGGCGGCAUUCCGAUGAUGAUGAUGUCACCUGGAUCAUCGCCUGACAGCUACUUGAAUCGCAAGCGCAACCGCUCGACGGACUCUGACAAGGCAAUUACAGCUGCCAUUGAGGCCUCGGAAAAGAUCUGCCCGACGUUGUCGCCUGUGUCAUCUCCUGGAAAUUCACGUCCAGCAAUGACCCCGGUUCCCACUGACAGUGAGCUCUAUCGUCGCGCGCGUAUUUUGCAGCUAGCUUUUACGAUCGUCAAGCGUAUCUAUCGCUUUGAAGAAGUUGCAGCGAAGAAGCAGAAGGAGUCGAAUCCGAAGAUCUGUCGCCACUCAUUCGAGAUGAUUACUCCACCGAUGCCGACUACGCCUCUAGCUUCGAGCAAGACGACGAAAUGUCAGCACAAGAAGUACACGCUGGUGCAGAUCCCUUUGAGCAACCCAAAGCUGCUGUAUUUGUGCUCGAAUCUCGUGACAGUUUGCACAUCACUGGCAAGCUCUGGGCUGCUGGAGGAAAUGCGUCAAAAGAUGCAUGACUGUGCCCAGGCUGGGCGUGGUGUCUUGGCUGCUUACGCGCAACUUGUGGAUCUGUUGAAUGGCGCUGUCGAGGCCCAAGUAUCGCGCUUACCGCGCCGAAUGCACAAGUCUUGGGGUGACGCUGAGUCAGCUGACGAGGGUGAAUGGGAUCUGUACGAAAUGUUGAAGAGCUGCGAGCCGUGGCUGUUGCACGAGGCUUGGUGGGUGGUGCUGGAUGACGACGACCAGCAGCAAGCCGGUGACAAGGAAGAAGGCGCAUUGCGUCCGCUGCCGUACAUGAACAUUUUCACGAAUUACUACCGCGCGAUACGGGACGCGGUGCCUUCACGCCAAGACUUGGAAGUGGCGGUCUCGUUGCGUAAGGCUGCAGUUACAGGUGCUACGGGCUUAACUGGUGAGUGGAACCGUCUAGGUGAAGCGGACGAGCACCAUCUACAGCAGCUGCAGCGUGUGGCCUCAGUCCGAUCGGCAACGGCUGCGUCGUCUCUUUCGUGGUUGGCUCGAUGCAUUCACGCGCACACGACGAAGGUGCUUCACAUUACGGAAACGGACACGACCAUGACGCUAUCGCUUCCGAAUAGCUUGGUUUCCGCCGACGUCGUUUUCCUGCUGCAGCUGGACCAGCAAGAACCGACGGUGGUGCUGCCUCAAGACUACUUUCCAUUUGGAUGGUCUCGCAAGCGCUCCUUAAUGGCGUACCGUGCAUGGCGUGUGCGCUCUAUCGGUGACUCGAACGGCAGUGCUGUGGCGGCUCAAUUUAUGCGCUGGCCUGACGAUGAUGAGCUCGAUGCUGUUGAGAACGACGAAGAAGAGGAGGAACUAGAUGAUGAUGAUGAAGCAGAUGACUCUCCCGAAGAGCCGGAAGAGGAGCCUAUUGGUCGUCGCGGACGACGGCCAAAGCGUCUGCGCACUCGAAUUACCAUCUACUUUUCCGUGUUUUCCACGACGACUUUGCAGCUGCGCACGAUCGUUGAAGCCAGUCUUGCCCCUGCUGCAGCGCUGCCGGCCUCCAUGCCAGCGCAGCCCACCGAAGCUGAUAUGCUGCGAUAUUUCAAAGCGCCAUCUUCGUGGGAAAUGCGGUCGCAAAUUUCGCAGCAGUACGCGAAGAACAUGUAA